GAGCGGGGGUGCCAGACGUAAGAAGUCCCAGACCGGGAAGGUCACAUGUACAUUCUCUCACAUAUGCGCUGUCUGCCGCUGUCACCAGGUGUGUCCAUAGUGCUUCUUACCAGAUAAAAUAAUUACUACAUCGUGAGUACCCUCAAAAAUAGUGCCACAAUGCCAGUUGACCUCUACUACAUGCCCCUGUCACCCUACUGCCGCUCUGUGCUGCUAACUGCCAGGGCAAUCGGACUGGAACUCAACCUCAAAACGAUCAACUUGAUGACCGGAGAUCACCUGAAGCCCGAGUUUGUUGCCAUCAAUCCCCAGCACACUAUCCCCACUAUGGUCGAUGGUGACCUCGUCCUCUGGGAAAGCCGUGCCAUCUGCACCUACCUCAUCUCACAAUAUGGUAAGGAUGACUCGCUUUACCCAAAGGACCCCAAAGCCAGAGCCAAGGUGGAUGCCAUUCUGAACUUUGAUCUUGGUACUCUGGCAACCCGCUGGAAAAUCUUGUUUAACCCAUUGAAAGCAGGAGAGCUGUCGAAGCCAACCCAAAAGAGUGUGGAUGACCUCCACGAGGCACUGAAUUGGUUGGAUGGCUUCUUGAGCCACAAGAAGUUUGCUGCUGGGACGGACCACAUAACUGUUGCUGACCUCGUCCUUGUGAGCAAUGUCUCUGGAUAUGAAGCAGCGGGGUUCAUCAUCCAUGACUAUCCAAACCUUCAUGCUUGGCUUAAGCGAUGCAAAGAAACUAUAGAUGGGUAUGAGGAACUCAAUGGGGCACAUGCUGAGAAGUUUGGAGAGUUUGUCAAGUCCAAAAUUACUGAGAAGUAAGACUGAUAAUCCUGACAUUCUGUAAACUGUAUACUUCUCGGGAUACAGAAAGACAAAUGUUAAUUUUUAAAUAUUUUUUGUGGUAGGUAAUUGUGUUGCUCUAGUAUUAUACUUUGUUAUAGCCAAGUUUGGGGGAUGCUUACAUGUAAUUUUAGAAAAUAUCAGAAAACAUAAUCUUCCUAUUUUGAAACUGCAAUAUUUGUCAUUCAUCACCUUCGUGGAUGCCAGUCAAGCACGUGUUCAAGAAGCAUUCACUCUGCAGUUGUCAAAAUAAUUUUGCUUGUGGUGCUCUUCUAACAAGGAUAUGGUUGUAUCAAUGUUUAUUAAAGUAAAAUUUUCCUUGGAAUAUCAUAA